CUUCGCCAACAUGUCGGAGUAGGAGUUUCUAUCAAAACUUUACACUUAAAAUUUAGUGACUGUACACGUUUACUUGGUGCCAGCUGCUGGAGUAUGGCGUGUUACCGCAACGUAGAUGUAGUCGAGCCGUUUCCGAGUGGUUUAAUUAGCCGAUUUGUAUUUUUACUAGUAUUUCUAAGCACAAGCUUCCCGGUUUGUGACUCUGAAGGAAUCAGUCCAGAGAGGUGUCUGAUAUGGGGUCCGGGGCUAAACCCGGACACCGUGUUACCAGUCCGCUACUUCUUUAUUCAGGCAGUGAAUUCAAAAGGAGAAAACCUGACUCUGUCUCCAGGAAAAGACACGUUUAAAGUGAAGAUCGGCUCACUGGAUCAGAAUGAGUACCUCCGUAUCCACGUCCCUCCACCUCUGGACAGAGGAGACGGCUCCUUCCUGUUGAGGUAUCGGCUCUACAGCACUGCUCACAAGGGUCUGAAGAUCCAGGUCUCUUAUCGAGAUGCUGCUGUGGCUAACUCACCCUACACCAUCCAAGGUCCAGUCUAUCAUGAAUACUGUGACUGCCCUGAGCCCGAUGCCUCCGUCUGGCAGAGCGUCAUGCAGUGUCCCACCGAUGACCGACAGAUUCUAGCCGACUUUAAGUCUUUUCCCACCAUCGACCUGCAGCAUCUCAGGCAGGAAGUGCCUCACAGAUUCUCCAACAGAGGAGGGCUCAUUCACUACGCCAUCAUCAACAACCAGGUGUACCGGCGCACGCUGGGAAAAUACACCGACUUCAAGAUGUUCUCUGAUGAAAUGUUGCUAUCACUGACGAGGAAGGUGAGGGUGCCUGAUGUGGAGUUUUACAUCAAUGUGGGUGACUGGCCGCUAGAGACGAAGACGUCGGCUCCUGUUCCGAUCUUCUCGUGGUGUGGCUCCACAGACACAAGGGAUAUCGUCCUCCCUACCUAUGAGGUCACACACUCCACCCUGGAGACACUGAGAGGGGUCACUAAUGACCUCCUGUCUGUCCAAGGGAAUACAGGGCCUCCGUGGGUGAAUAAAACUGAGCGGGCGUUUUUCCGGGGUCGGGACAGUCGAGAGGAGCGUCUUCAGCUUGUAUCGCUGUCCAAAAAAACCCCAGAGCUCCUUGAUGCCGGCAUCACUGCGUGGUUCUUCUUUAGAGACCAGGAGAAACACGUUGGCAAAGCAUCACUUGUUGGAUUCUUUGACUUCUUUAAGUACAAAUAUCAGGUGAACAUUGAUGGAACAGUGGCAGCGUACCGGUUUCCUUACCUGAUGCUCGGGAACAGUCUGGUUCUGAAACAGGACUCUCAGUACUAUGAACAUUUCUACAGCCACCUGAAGGCAGGAACACAUUACAUUCCUGUGAAGAGAAACCUGUCGGACCUUCUGGAGAAAAUCAGAUGGGCUAAAGAGAACGACGCUGAAGCACAAGAGAUCGCCAGAGUGGGCCAGGCAGCGGCCAGAGAGCUGCUGCAGCCCAGCAGGCUGUACUGUUACUACUACAAAGUGCUGCACAUGUAUUCAGAGCGACAGACGGGACAGCCGACGCGACACGCAGACAUGGAGCUGGUGCCUCAGCUGGAUGACCACACUGCUGCCUGCAAAUGUGAGCGUAAAAGCUACAAAGAAGAAAGGGACGUGAAGGAUGAACUAUGACGGGCUCCAGGUUUAGUCUUUAAGCACUUGAGUCUCUUUUUCUGUGUGAAAACAUUCCUGAUAUCUAAAGAGUGAAGAUGAUAACGUAAUGUUCCCGAUGCCUAAGGGAAUAUGAAUGUUAAACAUUCCACUUUAAUUUUGGACAGUAGAGGGAUUUUAUGAUAAAACCAUAGCGGUCAGAAAUUUUGAGAUAGAGCUCAAAGACAAUCUGUGAUUAUGUGAGCAUUAAUGUUUUAAAACAUGUUUUAUGUUGUUGUUGUGGGUUUUUUUUUUUAUACCUGUUUAGUAAUGGAGGAACUUGGAUGAGUGUAAAUGUGCCUUUAAAUUGGAUACUUGUGUGCUAUAUCUAAACUAAAAACUUUGUCUUAAAAUAUUUAACAAGUGCAGAUUUUUUUAUAUUGUUGUUCAUACAGCUGUCACUGCAGUUUCGAAUAGUUAUUACUCUGUUGAAUCACUAAGCUACAUUAGUAAUUGAGUGGGCGGCAUGGUGGUGCGGUGGUUAGCACCAUCGCCACACAAUAAGAAGGUCUGGGUUUGAAUCUACCGGCCAGCUAAGGCCCCCAGAUUCUCUCUGGGUGCUCCAGCUUGUUCCCAUAGUCCAAAGACCUGCAUGUUAUGAUAAUUGGUGAUUCUCAAUUGGCUGUAGUUGUGACUGGUUGGCUGCCUCUCACCCUGUGACCACUGGAAUGGGCUCCAGCCCGACUGCAACCCAUAACUGGAUGAGGGGAAGAGAAUAAAUGGAUGUGUGGAACAUGUUAGUGGUCUCCUUUGAUAACAUUUUGAGUGGGUAAGUACAUCUACUGUGUCCGCCCCUUUCUGUAGCUUAACCACUGGUCAAGCUGUACUAAGCUCUAACACCAGGAUUAAAAACAUUACUCUGAAGUUGUUGUAAUACCUAACAGGAGUUUAUUUGCAUGUCACUUAUCAAAAUCAGCGUUAUAAAAUGCUUUCCAAAAACAGCAUUAAAAAGGUGAAAGUUAAAAUGAGAUGAAAAGAUAGAACUCCAAACAAUAAUGAAUGAAAUAAUAGUUAAUAAUAGAAUUAAGAGAAAAGAGGUAAGAUGAGGGGAAAAAAGUAGAACCACAUGCAGAAAGCACCACCAAAGAAGUGAAACGGAUUUUCAGGAAGUGCUAAGUGGAGUUCCUCAGGCAGGUUGUUCCAGACAGCAAACAUACAGUUACCCGUUGGGUACACCUGUUAACUGCUUGCUAAGACAAAUAUCUAAUCAGCCAAUCACACGGCAGCAGCUGAUUGCUGUAAGGCAUGUAGACAUGGUGAAGACGACCUGCUGAAGUUCAAACCGAGCAUCAGAAUGGGGAAGAGCGGCAUAGUUUUGGUAUCAGAAGGGCUGGUCUGAGUAUUUCUGUUCAGCUUUAAUACCUUUUACAUUGUUACAAAUGCAUAUUUUGGAUUAUGUUUCAAUUUCUUAUAUGUUUAUGAUACAAUUCUGUUUUAUAUAUCAUAUAUAAUAGUCUGAUAUAUUUAUAGAAUGCAGACCUGUUUUUGUGGUGUUGCUAUCUGUAGUGAUCAGAUUUUUUGUGUGUAUGUGUGUGUGUGACCUUUGACCUCUUCGAUACAACAUAACUACGUAGCUCAACGUGCUUGUCUUACU